GCUAGAAUAUCCCUCUUUCAUUUUCAGUUGCCGGCGCUUUCUCAGUCCCCAAGCUUCUCGUCUCUGUUUCUCCGAGAAGAAGAGUCCAAUGGAAGACAGUGACUGGGUUCUGGUGCGACGGCCCCUGGACGGGGACUUCUGGGAACCAGGCUUGGCCGAAACCGAGACUUCCGACGAUCUGAAACUGAGGUUCACGGGGCCGGCCCAGCACUGGACCGACGCAAUUCCCAUUGGCAAUGGGCGCGUUGGUGCUAUGGUUUGGGGCGGCGUUGCCUCCGAAACUCUCAAUCUCAACGAGGACACGCUUUGGACCGGGAUUCCCGGGGACUACACGAAGCCAGAUGCUCCAAAGGCGUUAUCUGAGGUCAGGAACCUUGUUAAUGCUGGCCAAUAUGUUGAAGCGACUAAGGAAAGCGUAAACCUGCUCAGCGGUCUUCCUGAAGUUUAUCAGCUUCUGGGUGAUAUCAAGAUAGAGUUUGAUGCUUCUCAUGCAGCAUAUAAAGAAGAAACGUACAUGAGAGAGCUGGACCUGGAUACUGCAACAGCAAGAGUAAAAUAUUCUGUAGGUGAAGUUGAAUAUGUGAGAGAACAUUUUGCCUCAAAUCCCGAUCAAGUGGUUGUGACAAAGGUUUCUGGAAGCAAAUCAGGGUCUAUCUCCUUUACAGUGUCGUUAGACAGCAAGUUACAAUAUCAAUCACGUGUAAAUGGCAAUAAUCAGAUUAUUAUGGAAGGAAGUUGUCCUGGCAAAAGAUUACCAAAAAGGAAUGAAAAUGAUAAUCCCAAGGGAAUUCAGUUUUAUGCAGUUCUUGAUUUGCAGAUAAGUAAUGGAGUGGGUGGUAUACAAAAUCUGGGUGAUGGCAAAUUGAAGGUCAAGGGUUCAGAUUGGGCUGUUAUGCUUCUGGUUACCUCAUCUUCAUUUGCAGGGCCAUUCACUAAACCUUCCGAUUCAAAAAGAGACCCAGCUUCUGAGUGUCAAAGCACAUUGAAUUCUAUUAGAAACUUGUCAUAUGCCGAUCUUUGGGCACGGCAUUUGGAUGACUAUCAAUACCUUUUUCAUCGUGUCUCGCUGCAGCUUUCAAAAAGCUCCAAGAGUGUAGGAAACAAAGAGACUUUAGGGAUGAAGAAGGUUUUGUCUCGUGCAACUGAUCCACCUUUAGAAGGUAGCAAUAACGAGACAAUUUCAACUGCAGAGAGGGUGAAAUCUUUUCAAACUGACGAAGACCCGUCAUUGGUGGAACUACUAUUCCAGUAUGGUCGAUAUCUGCUUAUUUCUUGUUCCCGGCCUGGAACUCAGGUGGCAAACCUGCAAGGUAUAUGGAACAAGGAUAUUGAGCCAAAGUGGGACUGUGCUCCUCACUUGAAUAUUAAUCUUCAAAUGAACUAUUGGCCUUCCCUUCCAUGCAACCUUCAUGAGUGCCAACAGCCUCUGUUUGAUUACAUCUCGCUUCUAUCAGUCAAUGGGAGGAAAACAGCUCAAGUUAACUAUGAAGCAAGUGGUUGGGUGGUACAUCAUACAUCUGAUAUGUGGGCAAGAACAUCUCCACAGGAAGGGGAGCCUGUCUGGGCUGUAUGGCCAAUGGGUGGAGCAUGGGUUUGCACUCAUCUGUGGGAGCAUUAUGCUUACACAAAGGACAAAGGUUUUCUGGAAAAUAUGGCAUACCCCUUGCUGGAAGGAUGUAGUUCAUUUCUGUUGGACUGGUUGAUUGAAGGCCAAGGGGGAUACCUUGAAACGAACCCAUCAACCUCCCCAGAACAUUCUUUUAUUGCUCCUGAUGGCAAGCUUGCUGGUGUGAGCUACUCGUCAACAAUGGAUAUGGCAAUCAUAAGAGAAAUUUUCUCUGCAGUUGUUAGCGCUGCUGAGGUAUUGGAUAAAAGUGAGGAUGAUCUGAUCAGAAGAGUUCGCAAAGCUCAAUUACGGCUUUAUCCAACAAAAAUUGCCGUAGAUGGAUCCAUUAUGGAGUGGGCCCAGGAUUUUGAAGACCCAGAAGUUCAUCAUCGGCAUCUGUCACACCUAUUUGGCUUGUUUCCAGGACACACAAUUACUCCUGAGGAUACUGCUGACCUAUGUAAAGCUGCCACUUAUACCCUCUACAAAAGAGGGGAGGAUGGUCCAGGAUGGUCAACCACUUGGAAAGCUGCUCUCUGGGCUCGUCUUCACAACAGUGAGCAUGCAUAUCGGAUGGUCAAGCAUUUGUUCAACUUGGUAGAUCCUGACCACGAAGUCAGUUUUAGAGGUGGGCUUUACAGUAACCUCUUUGCUGCACAUCCUCCUUUCCAGAUUGAUGCCAACUUCGGAUUUUGUGCAGCAGUAGCAGAAAUGCUUGUCCAGAGCACCUUGGAGGACCUCUACUUGCUUCCAGCUCUUCCUGGAGAUAAAUGGGCAAAUGGCUGCGUUGAAGGACUGAAGGCACGCGGCAAUUUGACAGUCAACAUCUGCUGGAAGGAAGGAGAUCUUCAUGAAGUUUCCAUUUGGUCAAAGAGCAGCAACUCCAUUAAAAGAUUGCACUAUGGAGGAAUUACAGUUUCUACAGAUAUCUCAUCUGGCACUGCUUAUACGUUCAAUAAACAGCUGAAUUGUGUGAAGACGUACUCUCCAUUGUUCUGAAAUCGCACAUCAGAGCAUUGCUCUCUUUCUUCCUGCUGAACGUGCAGGAGUAUGCUUGGAUUACACAAUUUUCUUCUACAAUUAUUAUAAUUGGAAUUCUCUUUGGAAAUGAGAAAGAAAAUUGGUUGAGAAUUCAAUAAGUUACGUCUGGCAGUCGUCUUGUUUUUUUUAUUUGGAUGAAGAGAUUUUAGAUGAUGUCAGUUGAAAUUUUAUCAUUUAAAAUUUAAGUGUUUGGAUAAUUAUAUAAAUGAGAUUUGAAAGUUGAAUCA